UUUAGAAGAACUUGGGAUUUGGCACCUAAACGUACGUUCCCCGACCCUCUCAGUUCGCCGUCUUCCGUCUCGAGGUGCCGGCGACGAACUACGCGUCACCUCGGGGGACCGAAGAUGGCAUCGGUUUCUAUGGCGAUAUCAUGAUGCAGUGCUUCUUCUUCUUCUCCUUCCUCCUCCUUGUUUCAGGGCGAGUGGCAGAAGAUCUCUUCGCGUUUCUCUCUUUUUUUCUUGACAAAAGACAGAGCACAAAGAUAUCGCGGGGUUCAUAAUUCCUAAUUGUAAAGCAAAGGGAUCCAAGGUGCUUGAUGAAUUCACAUUCUAUAUAUAGACCAUUAAAUAGCUUUAUCUACUGAGGAUGAAGAAGGGAUUCUUGAAGCCCCUCCGCUAUAUCUCCCAAAUUUUCGAUGGCCGCGAGCACGAAUUGCAGAUAGGCUUUCCCACGGACGUCAAACACGUGGCGCACAUAGGAUGGGACGGACCGAACAUGAAUGCUCCCGGCUGGAUGAAAGAUUUCCACUCGGCACCACUCGGUACAAUUGGACCGGAUGGGAACACAAUUUCCACCCCUUGGAGCUCUCAAGAGUUUAAGAUCAACGCCGCCGGAAUCGAAGACAAUCCGUCAGGCGAGAUGAUGCCGAGACCCUCCCGGCGUUUGUCUGAGCGCACCGUGAACGACUCCCCCAACAACGCCCCGAGGCCGCGCCACUCGCGGCGGCAUCGGUCCGAAACCACCGUCUCCGCCGACUCCCCAAAUCGUGAGCCGCCCUCCGACGGCUCCCGGAGGGGCAACAGGAGGCCGCGCAAGAAGGACGGUGACUCCGCGGAGACGGUGGCCGGUGGGGACCUGCCGGCGAUCCCGAAGCAAUCGCGACGGAGAUCCAAGGGCUCAGGCUCUGUGGGCAGCGGCGACACCAUCCGAGAAUCUAGAUCUAAGAACGCCACCACCAGAAAGCCCGCGGAUGAAGGGGAAGAUGAACGAUUGUGAUUUCAUUUUAUUUCAUUCGAUUUCAGGAGUUUUUUUUUUUUUUCCUUUUCGAUGAGAUGGUGGUGAGCGGUCCCACCGUGCCGGCGAUGCUCCCGUUACAUGCAUUGAGAUCGGACCGUCCGAAUUGAGCCUGGAAUCAGAACAAAAACUUUUCCCUUUACUUCUUCCGGAUGGAUGAAUUUAAAUUUUUUUU